AUGGAACAGGUGUCGGUGCCUGAACGAAGUGAUUACGUGGACGACCCUGUAGAUGAAAACGCUCUCUCUGGCCAAACGACCGCGAACUCCUGUCAGAUAAGGAAAGCUCUAUCCAUUUCAAUUUUCAAGAGACACGUACACGUAUAUUCCUUACAACACUCGAAGAACAACAAUGAUUUAGCGUUCUUCACGUACGAUGAGAAGAAGAAACUCGGGUAUGGUACUCAGAAAGAAAGACUCGGCAAGGACUCGAUAAAACCAUUCGAUGCUUGCAGUCUGUGCUUGAAGCCAUUUAUUGAUCCCUUGUCUUGCCAAAAAGGCCACGUCUUCUGCAAAGAAUGCAUUCUCGAAUGUCUUUUGGCCCAAAAGAAAGAUAUUCAAAGAAAGAUAGCAGCCCAUGCUGCUCAGCAGAAGCAGGAAAAAGAAGAGGAAGAAGAGAAGUUGAUGUUGGAGAAAGCCCGAGAUCUCGAUGCAUUUGAUCAACAGAACCAUGGGGCAGUACAACAGUACAAUGAUAAGAACUUCAACAGGGACAAAAAUGGUUUCCAUGGGGCUAACAGUGUGAAGGCCACAUCAUAUGAAGAAGAAGCACUCCGCACAAUGAAAGCAUUUUGGCUGCCAUCUGCGACUCCAGAAGCUCCUGCAAAAGUAGAGGUCCCAUCAACUGACACAAUCUGUCCAGAAGGAAAAGAAAAACUCCGAAUGAAGACACUUUUCCCUAUCUACCUCACAGAAGAUGCCAGCGCACAGAAGAAAUCUAGUUCUCUUGAUAAGAGCUACAUCUGUCCUAGCUGCAAGGUUUGCCUAGUCUGCGACAAGCCAUGCAAGGAGAGGAAUCUGGUCAAGUUGGAAAAGGGAGGAACUGGUUUUGCAGCCCAUGGAGAUCAUCUUGAAGCAACUGACUUUAAGCAUUUAGGAAGCGGUUCAGGGCUGGGGCUUGUAAGACCUGCAAUGAAGACUUGA